UGGCUCGACAGUCUCCGAAUCAAAUCGGCCAGAGCGCGAUACGUCCACAUCAGCUGAAGCCGUGACAAUGAUCACCGGCAACGCACAAUCCAUUUGCCGACGUUGAAGGCACUCGCCGCAGUCCCGAUCAUCAUGUCGACCGCUACCAGCUACCAGAUCGAGGACGGCUUCGUGUCCACGUCGGCCAGCACCUCCGUGCUCAAGGCUGCACUGGCUGUGGAUGUGCUGGACGAGAGCGCAAGCGACACGUCCACGGCGUCGCUAGUCCUCACGCCGCAGCACAAGUUGCGCGUCGGUCGCUCGGAGCUCAGUGGCCGCGUGUUCCCACGCACCGACCGCUUCUGUUCGGGCGCCGAUGCCGUUCUGCGCGUGGCCAGCCACGUGAGCUCCAACGUGUUCGAGUACCCACUGCUCCCGACGGCCGACAGUGCGCAGACGCAGGAUAUUAAGCGCAACGCCCGUGCGCGUGUCGUGUCACUCGAGAUCCGCCCCGGAGCAGCCGAUGCUGUGCGCGGCGCACUGGCUGUGGGCGCGUCCUCAGCCGCUCUCAUCCCGUCGCAGACGCUGCCGAUGUUCCUACCCAGCCUCUUCCAACUGGCUCAGAAUGCCGCGACGUCAGCACCUGCCGUGUUCCACGUUGCGUGCGAGGCCAUCCGUCGUGACAUGGCCAUUGCCAGCUCAUACGAACCGCUGUACGCGUUGCAGCACUCGGGCGCGUUGCUGCUCAACUCGGCUUCACCCCAGGAGUGCCACGACAUGGCGGUCGUGGCCCAUGUGGCCGCCCAGCGCCUUCGCAAGCUACUGGUUCACUUCUAUGAUGGCGCGCGUGUGGCACGUGAGUUGGCCAAGGUGGAGACACUGACGGAGGAUUCGCUCGAGAGUCUAUCGGCUCUCCACUCGACAGCGCCGCAGGCUGGAGACGUGGUGGAACAGGUGCAGAACGUCAUGGAUGACCUAUUCCACGCUCUGCAGCGUCAGUAUCAUGUGUACGAGUACUUUGGUGCUGAAGACGCCGAGUACGUCGUGGUGGUCGUGGGCGAGGCCGCUGCGGCUCUGAAGCAGGCGGCGGCCUACGAACAGAUGCUGGGCGCCAAGGUCGGUGUCGUGCAGGUCCGCCUGCUGUUGCCGUGGUCGCACAGACUAUUCGCACAGGCCCUUCCGGCGACGGUCAAGCGUGUCGUGGCUCUGGAGAACGUGGCGCCCAGUGCGUUGACUUUCCAGCGCGGUCUGCUCACUCAGAACUUGCAGGUGUUCUUCCAGUCGACGCACUGGCAGCCGGUCGUAGAGACCGCCCCUAUCGUGGUCACGGGCGUGUAUGGCGGCGUGUUCCGUAACUCCACCUUUUCGGUGGGCAUGGGCCGUGCUGUACUGUGUCACUUGGCGACGGCUUCGUCUCGCCGCGCGUUCGUUGUGGCUAAGAGUGAGGAAUUGUACGAUGCUGCUCUAGUGAACGCUGUGUCGGUGAGCAACCAGGCGACCAAGUUCGACGUGGUGUAUGGCGAGUCUCUGGAGCUGGAGGGCUCGGCCGCCUACACAAAGCAGUUCCUCUUCUACGGCUUCGAUGAUGUGGAGUCUGACGCUGCCCGUGCUGGUACCGAAACUAACAAACUGUUCGCGUCGACUUUGGAUCUGCUCAAUAAGAACCCGGCCACGCGUGUAAACGCCGUGGUGACUCACAGCGCGGGUGAGGAGGCUGCGGAGCGUCCUGUGUCAACACUUGAGGUGCGUGUCGCUCUAGAUGGUGGCAAUAGGCCCGCGACGUCGGAACCAGUUGAACAGGCCGACGUUGUGGUGGUGACUCGCCCUGAACUACUCGCCCACUACGACGUGGCUCGCAGUGUGAAGCAGGGCGGCAAGUUGCUGGUACUCACGAGCUGGAAGACUUCGGACGACGUGGAUGAACGUGCGGCAUUCAAGCAGCAAGUGGCUUCUCGUGACAUUCAGCUUCUGGUGGUGGAUGCUAACGAGCUGGCCACUCGUGUUGAGGACGAUGCUGUGGCUGCUGUGGGUCUGCAAACGGCCUUCUUCAAGGCGUCUGGACUGUACGACGAAAAUGUGGUGCUGGCGCUGUUGGAGGCUCAGUUCCCCGAGGAGAAGCACGCGACGCUGCGUUCAUUCGUGUCGGCUGUGUGGGGCGAUGUCUUGACUUUAACAUACCCGUCGAACGAGUGGUUGAAUGCGACGGAUGUGGACGAGGAGGCUGCUGCUGCCAAGCCGUUGACGGCGUUCACGGGCGUGGCAACCAGCAAGAUUCCGUUCGCUAGCAGCGCCAAGUCGGCGACGGCUUCGAAGACCAACGGCAAGCGCCGUUCGUACGAGGAAGUAUCACGCGAGACCAAGACGGCGUGGCAGCUUAUGUUCCCAGACGCGUUCGAAGCUCACCACGGCAUGCGCGACCACGUGACGGAUCUUGUGACCGUGACGAAAUGGGAGCGUCUGACGCCGGAGGACUACUCGCGUAACGUCUUCCACAUCGAGAUGGACACUACAAACACGGCGAUCAAGUACCGUAUCGGUGAGGCCCUGGCAGUGUUUGCCCACAACGAUGAGAAGGAGGUUGUCAAGUUCCUGCAAACGUACAACGUGGACCCGGAAGCGUUGGUAUCGUUGUCUGUGGCGCACAAGAAGAAGAAGGGCGAGGCUGCGGCGGGUCCGAGUGAAGAGACGUUGACAUACUUCCAGCUCUUCUCGCACGUGCUGGACAUCUUCGGCCGUCCGUCCAAGAAGUUCUAUCAGGCUUUGUUGGAGCGCGCCACGGACGAGAAGGAGAAGACGACGUUGACGACUCUGUUGGACGCGGAUGGCAAGGACGAAUACAAGUGUCGUGUGGACGAGACGGUGACGUUCGCCGAGCUGUUGGAGGAGUUCCCGUCCGCACGCCCGACGCUUGCGGACCUGCUGAAGCUGGUGCCGCGUAUUAAGCCGCGCCACUACUCGAUCGCGUCGAGCAUGAAGAUGAACCCGACGAGCGUGCACCUGCUGAUUGUGGUGCACGACUGGACUACUCCGGGCGGCAAGUACCGUAUCGGCCAGGCGACGCGCUUCUUGUCGGGCGUGAAGGUUGGGCAGAAGCUGUCGGUGUCAGUGUGCUCGUCGGUGAUGAAGCUGCCGGCGAACCCGGAGGACCCGAUCGUGAUGGCGGGUCUGGGAACGGGUAUGGCCCCGUUCCGUGCGUUCAUCCAGGAGCGCGCGUUCCUGCGCUCACAGGGCGUCAAGGUCGGCCCUGUGGCGUUGUACUUCGGCAGUCGUCACAAGGCGAAGGAAUAUCUGUAUGGUGACGAGUUGGACGCGUACGAGGCUGACGGUUUGGUGACGUACUUGCGUUGCGCGUUCUCGCGUGACCAGGAGCACAAGGUGUACAUCCAGGAUAAAAUCGCAGAGGAUAAGGAGAUUCUGGCGGACUUGCUGCUGCGCCAGAACGGCCACUUCUACCUGUGUGGUCCAACGUGGCCUGUGGCCGAUGUGCGUGAAGCACUGGUGACCUCGUUCACCCAGGUGGGUGGACUAGACCGUCGUCAGGCGAACGCGACGAUCGAACGCAUGCGUGAGGAGGGCCGCUACGUGCUGGAAGUGUACUAAGCGGUGAAAAGGUGACCACACCUCGUUGUAGUUCGCAAACAUUGACGUGCCAAUUGAUAUGCUUUCCUUUGAAUUUGCGAUUUUGUUUUUUUG